GGGGGGGGCUAUGGGCCCGAAUUUUAAUUAAUGUUUGGAUUUUUUCAAACAUCAAAUUAUGAAGAUUUGCUUUACUGCCAGUAAAACCUGUUAGCUUUGUUUACUGAAACGGUACUUAACCGUGAAAUUCAUUGCCACUAAAUGGGCAGCUCCUUCCAAGGAAAUAACUUUGUUGGAAGAAUGUGUUGUAGCAAGCCUGAGAAAGAAAAACUUAUUAUUAUUAAAAUAACCACAUGAGCGAGGUCUCCAUUUAUUACGAUGCUGUUCAAUUUGCCUAUCCAACUUCAGUUUAGAUGAACAAAAAAGAAAAAAAUACAGAGGCAUGUUUUUAGGCUUUGAAAUUACAGUAAUUGCCUUAAACUCUUUUUUUUCAACAUUAUUGAGACAUGAAAUUAGAGAAUUGUAAAAUGUACGAGUAGACGACGGUUUUCAUUUUGUUUUCAACCAAUCACUGGUCGCAUAUUCUUCACCUCGAUUCUAGAAAUUCAUUCGGAAAUGCCUUUCGUUGCUACAGAAGCCCAGGCUCUUUCUGUGGUGUGAUGAUGUAUUCCUUUUUAUCAUUUAUUGUGUUCUUGACUUGAAAUUUUAACAUUUUGGAAUCAUCAGAACAGACACGUACAUCUUCAACGGGAAUCCAUAAAUGGCAGCCCAAGACACAGACCUGAAGCAGCAAUUGCAAGAGCUGCAGUUACAACAGCAGCAGAAACUAUUAGAGAGAAGAAAGAAAAAGGAACAGGCAAACAAUAAAAAGCAAUCCCAGGCAAAAGAAGAUGUGUCCGGAAAAUUUGGUGUCAGUGAUGACUUAGAUCUAAAGUUGGCAGACCCGUCACAGAAAGGAUUUGGUUAUGUCUCCGAGGAGCUUGUGGAUCACUUGAAUGAUCAAAUCAGGCAAAUGAAAGAUGAAAAUGGGCGAUUGUAUAAACUUUUGAAUGAGAAAGACUUUGAAGUUCGUCAGUGGAAAAAGAAAAGUGAGGAAAACAAGAAUAAUACUGGCUCUGUUAUUGAUGGACAAGUGACAAAUGAGACGGCAGCCACAAAAAUCAUCGAACUGAGUAAGAAAGUCCGGGAACUCACCUCAGAGAAAGAAGCUGAAAAAACAAGAUGUCGACAGUUCCAAAAAAAGUGCCAUGAUCUACAAAUGCAGCUCCAGUCUGCUCCCCCGCCAUCAGAGCAGUCUUCUGUCAUGGGCUCUAUGAUCAGCCUGAGGUCUCAGCUCGACUCAAAAGAUGAUGAUGGCGUGGAUGUGAAGGCACUCCAGGACAAGUUGAAGCAGUCAGAAUGUCGCUUGACAGACUUUCGCAACCAGUGCCAACAAUUAAGACAAGAGCUGAAAGUCGCACAAAAGGUCUUGAGUCAGGAAAUUGGGGAGAAUGUGAACAUCCAAUCUCUUCUGAACGAGACCAGCAACUGGCGAGGGAGAGCACAGCAGAUUAUUGCUCUGCAGCAAAAGGUGGAUGAGUUAAAAGUUCAGCUGGAGUCAGAAAGUGGGACACCUGGCAGUGCAGGUCUUGGUGAUAAACUUUCCUCUUCUAGGAGACGGAAAGAGGAAAAAUACAGAGAUGAACUUAGGAGGAUGGAAAGAGAGAGAAAGGAGGCACAAGAAAAUGCCACAGAAAAGCUUAAAAGUCUAGAGUCAGAGCAUGAAAGUGUGAAACAGAAACUUGAUGCUGCAAAGACGAGGAACAAGGUGCUGUCUAAUGAAAUCAAGGGACAAAAGUCACAAGUUCAGACAUUACUGAAGAAGAGCAGAAAUGAUGAUGAAUUCAUUGAGGCACUGAUGAAACAACAAAGUCAGCUGAAGACAUUGCUCGAACAGCAUAACCAGCAGCAGGCACAACAGCAAAUGCAACAGCAACAGCAGCUGCACCAGAUGUCAAUGAAGAGCCAGCAGGACAGCAACAUCGUGGAGCAGCUCAAGGCCAUCGCGGCUCAGAAAGAGGCUCAAGUCAAGAUGUUGGAACUGGAACUGCAGCAUAUACGCAUGGUGCACUCGCAGAACCAUGGGGCUGGUGGUGAAGUGACAUUUAGCCCUCAGCCCAUGGUCAUUGCGACAGUCGACAGUCGUCCCCCAACGGCUUCAGACACUGAAACAUUGACAAGCAGCAGGCAGAGGGAGCUGACCCACUCAGUCAUGGGAAGUGCAAGGACAGGAUCCAGAGCCUCUAGUCGAACCUCAAACAUGGUUGGGGGUCCUGCCCAGGCCAAUGGUCAAGCAAUCAGUCACAUUUCCGAGUCUCAGCUCAUGGAGAUUCAGCAUCAAUGCCAGGAGCAGGAGAUGAUGAGGAGAGCGGUGGAGGUGGAGAGGGACAAGAUGACAGAGCUGGUGCAAGUGCUUCAGGACAGACUGGCUGAGGAGACCCAGAGGCUAGCAGAAGCUCAGUCAGAGCUACAGGCACAGAAACGUCUGGCUGUUGAGCUGGAAAAGAGACUGGGACGACAAAGCCUUGAUGCCCAGAGAAAGGGCACGGCUAAAGGCAAGGUCAGUGCCCGAGAUGGUGGUGAUGAGGAGACGGACGAGGAAAGCAGUACGGAGAAGAAUGAACUCUUGACCAGGCUUGAGAUUCAGAAGGAUGAGAACAACUCUCUAAAAGCAGCUCUGCAGAGAACUCUAAAGGCAAAGAACGAGGAUCUGAAGGUGUACGAGUCAACCUUGGAUGAGACCAAGAAAGUUUUUCUCGAGGCUUUGAGACAGAUGAAAGAGCAAAAGAAGCCGUCUUGAUGUAAAUUAUUGUGUGUAGGUAUAAAUAUAAUGUCCUGAAGCUGAGCGUUUUGGUUUCAGUCAUGGUGAUGAUUAUUUUGGUUGACUUGAGCAGAUGAAUAAAGAUCUCACAGACUAUCAAAAA